AUGGAGGGUACGCUGGAGCUCCCAGCCCUCGGCAGACGGAUGUGCCUCGGUACCCAGUAUGAUUGCCGUAGUCAAAAAAUCAUCUCGCCUGGUGCCACCCUUUGGGACCAAGAGACCAUAUCAAAACAGAAGAAGGUCAGUGAAAAGAAAAGUCACGAAGUGACCCUGGUGAAGUCCCAUACCUUCAACGACAAAUUCAAAGCUCUCGAGGUAGACGAGUCUCUGAAAGCAAGCAUUCUGGCUGAUUUAGUGCAACCGGCAGGCUCGGCUAAGUUUCUGACUGAUCAGCCGCCGCCAGAAGGCACGUGUCGCCUUUCUGUGUACUCUAAAGCCACGAGCGUGAUCGAAGAACUGCCACACAAUCAACUGGGUAGUUGCAAAAUUCUGAAUUUAGAGGUGAUCACAGAAGGUAAGGCCACUCACGUAGUGGUGGGGAUUUUGUAUGGGUCCAACACUUUCUUUGUCUUCGACAAAACUUGUGGGGAAAGCACAGAAGAUGAUUGUCUGAAGUCACUAAAUGCCUUGGUGACUAAUUUCAGAUCCUGCCCAGAAGAGGGGGAAGAGUCAUUCGCGUUUGACCCUAAGUCAGCAAGCGAUGUAGAAUGCAAGGUUCACUGUGAUUUAGAUGUAGAGGGCCACCAUUCUGACUAUGCUGCUUCUGAGUUACUUAUAGAAAUACCUGAUAUGAUUAAAAAAAAAGCAGUUCCGGUAAAGUUCUUUUUGUAUCCAUUGCACAAGAUCGAUUCAAGAGCAGCCAGGGUAUACAGGGUUAUGAGCGAUGGCCUUCUUUCUCGGGUGCAAGAGUUUUUGGAGGGUUUAGAGCGUUGUUCCACGCGUGUCAGCGAAAUGGCAGCUGAUCCGCUGUGCGUAGAUUUCCCACAGUUUGCCGAUAAGUUCUCAUUUUUCAAACGAAUGCUUGGCGACUUUAAAACGCGUUUCCAGAGAGACUUUGCGCACGAGUUCCCAUUAAUCCAGGGAGGUAGCAAAGGGGAGAGUGACCUGAAAGAAAUGCUGCAGAACGCGGCAACUGGGACUCCCUUCAAACUGGCCGAACUUGAUGCCUGGCUAAAAAGUAAGCGCAAAGAGUUGAGUGCCGGAAAGAGGAAGGAUAUCUGA